AUGACACCGGAGUUUGACGAAGAAGUGGUGUUUGAGAAUUCCCCACUCUACCAAUACCUGCAGGACCUGGGGCACACAGAUUUUGAAGUAUGUUCAUCUGUGUCACAGAAGGCAGAGCUGUGUGCAGCAGCAGAAAGCCAAAAGGAGAGAGCUGUGCAUGCUGCCCAGAAACAAGGCACCCUGUCAAAACUAGCUGAGUUCUUCAGAAGCUGGUUUCCUUUUCCCCACUAUAAGAAAAAUGAGGACAUCCUUCACCGCCUGGACGUUGGAUUCCGAGCUGACACGCUCCGUACCAUCCUGCAACAGGAAGUUCUGCUGCAGGAGGAUGUGGAGCUGAUCGAGUUCCUUGACCCCAGCAUCCUGUCUGCAGGGCAGAGUAAGCAACAGGAAAGCAGGCAGCUGCCAACGCUACGCUCCCUAGCAGCUCCUAACAUUUGGGAUGUCUCGCUGCUCCUUGCCUUUGUAAGUGCUCUGCUUAUGCUUCCUUCGUGCUGGAAGGACUCCUGGUGGCUGCCCUGGGGACUGGUCCUGCUGGGCUAUGCAGCCUUUCGCCUGUGGGGCACCUGGAGGACAGCCCAGCUGCAGAUGUGCCUGCGAGGAUACUGUGUGCAGCUGGAGGAGACGGUGGCCAACAGCAGAGCCUUCACCAACCUGGUGCGGAAAGCUCUGCGGCUCAUCCAGGAGACCGAGGUCAUCUCCAGAGGAUUUACCCUGGUCAGUGCUGCUUGCCCAUUCACUAAAGCUGGCCAGCACCCUAGCCAGCACUUGCUUGGCCUGCGCAGAGCUGUCUACAGAGCAGUCUCAGCCAACCUCCGUGCCGCCCGCCUGGCCACACUCUACAUGCUGAAAGCCUACCCUCUGAACUCAGAGAGUGACAAUGUGAGCAGCUACAUCUGUGUAGUCCCUUUCAAGGAGCUGGGCCUGGGGCUGAGUGAAGAGCAGGUGUCUGAAGAGGAGGCACACAACCUGACCGAUGGCUUCAGCCUGCCUGCACUCAAGGUCCUCUUCCAGCUCUGGGUGGGACAGAGCUCCGAGUUCUUCAGGAGGCUGGCGCUGCUCCUGUCGCCAGCCAACGCCUCCCCCAAGCCCCUGGUGUGCCCUGCCCGUCUGCCUCACCACAUCCUGUCCGAUGUGACCCAAGGCCUACCUCACACCCACGCUGCCUGCCUGGAGGAGCUGCGCAGGAGCUACGAGUUCUAUCGCUACUUCGAGACGCAGCACCAGGCCGGCUGCGAGCGGCCAGCCCGGGCGAGGCAGCACUGCCGGCAGCUCAGCAGCCUGCAGACGGCGGUGCGCAGCCUGCAGCUGCACCUGAAGGCGCUGCUCAACGAGGUAAUAAUUCUUGAGGAUGAACUUGAAAAACUUGUUAGCACUAAGGAGAUCCCUGAGCUGACAACAGAAGCCCAUCAAGCUCUGGAGCAGAAAUUGAAGUUUAUUCAGCCUCAUAUCCAGGCAAGCAACAGCUGCUGGGAAGAAGCCAUUUCUCAGCUGGAAAGAAUGAGUGGAAGCAACCCAAAUCAAAAAGGCAAACCUGAAGUUUCCUGUGACAGCCUCCAGCAUCCUGCAGUCCCUUUACCCCAGCCUGCCAUAUAUAUAGAAAACAGAGACCCCAUCCCUGAGGAGCAGGAGCUGGAAGCUUAUGUUGAUUAUUCUGAUUCAGAGAAUGAAUACAGAAGGGAAGAUUUUUACUGCUUCUCCCAGGAAGAGAGAGAGAGGCAAGAACGAGAGAGGCAGGAAUCUAAGAGGGUGUUACAAGAGCUCAAAUCUGUGCUGGGGUUUAAAGCUUCAGAGAUGGAAAGACAGAAAUGGAAGCAGCUGCUCUUCAGUGACCGUGCUGCAGUGAAAUCCUUGUCUCCUGUAGAACCACUGGAGCUACUAAAUAAUUUGGAAUCACAUAUGAAUUCAGAUACAGAAAAGCAGAACUGUAGCCAAAGGUGUGACAGAUCUGAAGAGACAGACUCAGAUCCAAAAGGGAAUGCUGCUCAUAAAAGCAGGACAGAGUAUUUGUCUGAAGACCCUGAGGUGGAGGAAAACAAAAGCAGUGCUGCUGAGGAAGGUGUCUCUGUGGGGGCUGAAGGAGGAAUGUGUUCCCAGCACCAAGGGGAAGGGGAAGAACAGAAGGCAAGCAGCCUGGAUGGAGCAGAGGAUGCAGAGUCCCCCUGGAAGGAGGCAUUGCACUCCAAAAUCAAGCAUAGGCUGGCUCAGCUCCACACAGCCUCAGACCUGACCUUCACAUCAGGCCUGGCUGCACAAGCUGCUGCCAGGUCUUUCACUUUCACUACAAUGCAAGAAGAGACUUUUGGAGAUGAGGAGGAGGAGUGUGAAGAGCAUGUAGAGGACUGUAAGAGUGAAGAGAGAGGCUCUGAAAGUGAAGGCAAAUGCUGA